UAGUUGGUGUUGUUGGAUUUUAUUCCGGCCCCUCCAUUGCUAGAGUGACAGACAAAGUUGGGAAACUUUAAGAAGAUGGACGCCAAGCUCUUGCUCCUGUUUGUGUCGUCUGCUGUACUUGCCUUGUCGUCCGGUGUCAGCGUUCUCACAACUAAAGCUCCCGAUGUCGUCACCCCCGACACAAACGCCGUCGCCCCUGCAUAUUAUGAUGGUGUCGACCUGAACACUUUGUCGGAUGAUGAACUUAACGCCCUCGUUGACGCUGAGGACGAAAUACUGAAAGGAGAGCUAGAUAUCAAGGCCUACCUCAAUGCUGUUGCCGACAAACCCCGCCUCCACAAGCGAUGGGUCCCACUGGCGCGUGCUGCCUUCUCUGUAGGGCGUUCUCUGUUCCGUAGCUUCUCCCGAGGUCGGGUCUCACGGAGCGGGUCGAGACUCACCCGGCAAUAUAAUCGUCAAGGGAAUUAUGGUGAUGCUGUUCGCGACUUCAACAGACUUAGCCCUAGCGGUACUCGUCCCAUCACUGGCAACAACAACCUGCGGGGUAUCACUGGCACGAUGGGCCGACACCGUGUUACUGUACGCAACACAAGCAGCAAUGGCAGACCCACUCUGGAAAUCCGUUCCCCCAACACAAACGGCGGCUCUACCGUCCGGAAGUUCAGAUACAACCCAUAAAUAUGCAUGAUGUAUGAUCGAGUUGGCAUUUGCUAAUUCAAGACAAGAAAUAAAUCCAGUCAAUGGGGCACUUGCUUUAACGUUUCGAACAAAUGGUUAUUAUGAAGAAACUUUUUCAUUGUUUAUAUUUGAUUACAACUGUAAGUAAAGUAAAUUUUAACUGAAACAUUUAAUAAUUCAUAGUAAGUUUGUGUCCAUUUGACAUCGGAAGUGAGAGUGAACGUGAAGUUGAACGAAUGUUACACAUCUUAGAUUGAUGUGUCAUAAGCAAGGAAGACUGUAGUGAACGAGUAAAUGUGCUUUGACGAGUUCUUAUAUCUUUUUGUAUGUGUAUUUUCUUAAUAAAAAUGAUCCAUUUCA